UCUGUAGCAGUCGAACGUGUGGAAAAUCACUCGUUUAGAUGAAGACUGAGACAUUCAUUGAUAUGAAUGGGUAGAAUGUGAUUCUUGUUUGAGAUUACUACAAGGCAAAUGAUUGCCAGAACGGGGGACAAAAUAACGAAAAAGAACCUGUCUAUUAUUGUUCUUCACGGAGUCUGAUGAUAUGCACUUUAAGAUGGGAAGUGAAAUGACGUCGCGCUCUGGCCGUCUAACCUUGGUUUUUGCUGUUAUCGUGCAUUGGAUGAAAAAGAAAAACAGACCACACCAUUGAUAUGAAAAGAAGGUCAUCUCUCUGAACUACAGAUCAAGUAGUUUACUUUCCUUUUGGAAUACAGCUAAUAUUUCAAGAAUGUGGAGACUAAAUAGAAGGAAACCAGUGAUGCACAGCAAGGCUUUCUGCCGAUGGGCAUAUUUCGGGACGGUAUAUCUCGUACUGAUUGUCUAUCCUAAUCCAGUUGUCUCGGAUAAUUGUCCCAAGGGAUGCAAAAACUGCAACGAAAGCGAUGGAUAUUUCCACACAAUCAGAUUGGUGAGAACAGAUUGUCUUCAUAACUCCUGGAUGAUAGACGUACCACCAGGUUUACCAAGAACGAUGGGGACAUUAAUUUUUAAAUCGAACGCCGUGAAAACUAUCAAAACCUCUUCCUUUCAAUCCUACAAGUAUUUGAAGAAUCUGGAUCUUGCUAAUAAUAGGAUCGAAAGCAUUGAAAAUCGUUCUUUUCAAUAUCAGGAACAUUUAGAAAAAUUGGAUCUUAUGAACAAUCGCCUUACUAAUCUAACAGCUGAUAUGUUUGUCGGCUUGCGUUCCCUCGAGAAACUAGACCUACAGAAUAACCGCAUUUCAAGUCUUUCUAGGGGAGUCUUUCGGAGUAUGACUGAAUUGAAAUAUUUGGACUUGCAUGAUAAUCAAAUAUCGAGCAUCGAGGAUGGCGCUUUUGGUUUUUUGGACUACCUACAAGACAUCGAGUUGGGUGGUUGUCAGUUGAAGAGCCUCCAAGCUGGAUCUUUUCGAAACCUGAUGUCUUUGAGAACAAUUGAUCUGAGCUUCAAUAAUAUUGAAUCCAUUGAUCCUGACACUUUUAGCUGUUCUCCACUCCUAGAGACACUACAUCUUAAUGGCAAUGGUUUAAAAGACGUCCCGGUGAUCGUCCUUAGCAAACUGAGGUUACUAAAGGAUUUAGACCUCAGUGAAAAUGACUUGACGUCCAUUAGUUCGAAAGCUUUUUUCCAUAAUCAAGAUCUUGAAAUACUUAACCUCGGCCUCUGUGAGCUGAGCUUUUUACAAGAAGGGGCAUUUGAUGGACUGACGAAUUUACGCCAGGUUUUUCUGAAUGAGAAUCCACUUGAUUGUGAUUGCCGCCUGAGAUGGCUUUUACGUUUUUGGAAUAAGUCGAAAGAUAUCUUCCAGGAAGCAGAACUUACCAACUGCACUAGUCCGACUCAUCUUUCUGGAAAACCAUUGAUGGAUUUAUCACUCGCUGAGCUCAAAUGCGACUGCAAAACAUGCAUACAGGAUGCCAAGUGCAAUGGUAGCGCAUGCGCAUCCUGCAUUCAGGGAGGUGUAGCACAAUCCUGUAACUGUUCUCAUCUAUCCUUGGAUGGACGUUCCUUGUGUCACAGUCACAAUGGUAGUUGCAUUUGUAGUCAUUCCGUGCCCAAACCAACAACACGGAAUUGUACAUUUACGAUGACCAACAAAACCUGCGAUAGAAAUGCUAGACUCGCAGUAGUAGGGAGGAGAAAUAUAUCAUGUCAGUGUAAUGUUGGUUUUCAAGGAGAUGGGGUAAGAUGUUCAGAUAUCGAUGAAUGUGCUGCCGGAACUAACCAAUGUCUUGAGAGGAAGUGUGCAAAUACUUAUGGGAGUUACUCAUGUUAUUGUGACCAUGGUUACAGAGUCACAAAAAUGAAAUGUGAGGAUAUAAACGAAUGUGACAAUGACCCAUGUUUGGGGCCAUCAACCUGCUACAAUACUCCAGGGUCAUACUAUUGUGAGUGUAAAAGUGGUCACGCUAUUGGAGAUGAAUGUUGGCCGGUGCCAAAUAGCAUACACAUCAGAGUGACAGAAGUCCAAUCAACUAGCGUGUUAGUCACUUGGUCCAAUGUAACAGAUAACAGAGAUACGAUCAGGUCCAUAACCAUACUAUACCGUGCAUAUGGUACAUUGCUAUCAGAGUGGCCAUCUGCUCCUGAGAUCUAUACGCCCAACACCACACAAGCUGUGGUCAAAAAUCUCACCCCAGAUACCUAUUACACAAUAAAAGUUGAGCUGAAGCUGAUUUAUAACAUCUCCAUCUUCAGUGACGUGCAAACUUUCCAAACUAAAGAACUACCCACGAAAGGAAAGCCUUCGGGCUCUGAUGGGAAUAAGAGUGUUGUCAUAGUAACAAGCUCUGUUGUCGGGUCUGCUGUUGCCAUAGCAAUCGCACUUUCGCUAAUCGCCCUUUUCUUGAGGCGUAAGAAACCGAAAACAGGCGACGAAGAAACAGAUGCAAAUAGGCCGUACUUACAAGACCUGAUGGAGAUGAGAAUGUUUAGCAGAGAAGCGAACCAUGAAAACACACAAGCAGUGUCUAACUGCAUGGACGCAUGGGAAAUACCACGUGACAGACUUAGAGUCGGUGAAAAGAUUGGAGAAGGUCAGUUUGGCAUAGUGCUGAAAGGAACCUUGACAACUAGUGAAGGUCCUGUUAAAGUUGCCAUUAAAACCAUUAAAGGCGUGGAUCGGUUCGAAAUGAAGGAUUUCAUGCAGGAAAUGGACAUGAUGAAAGAGAUAGGUCAUCAUCCAAAUGUAGUCAGCCUACUGGGCGUGUCCUCCAUAGGGGCACCGUUGUACAUUAUUACCGAGUACGUCGAUGGAGGAGACUUACUUGAUUUACUCAGAUCUAGUCGGCGUACAGAUGAAAGGUACGCAAAUAUGACCUCCAUACUGAAUUCUCGACAGCUGCUGGGAAUUGCUCUGGGCGUGAGUAAAGGUAUGAGUCACAUUGCCUUGAAGAAGCUGGUUCAUCGAGAUCUGGCUGCCAGGAAUGUCCUUAUGACUACCGAAUUGGUGGCUAAAAUAGCGGACUUUGGACUUGCAAGAGACAUUUACUGUGAAGGUAUGUACGUCAAGACCGGUGGUGGUCGACUACCUAUCAAAUGGAUGUCACCAGAUGCUAUACGAGACCAGACUUAUACCAUUAAAUCUGAUGUAUGGUCCUUUGGGAUCUUGCUAUGGGAGAUAGUGACUCUUGGUGGCUCGCCCUAUCCUGGUAUACCAGUAAAUAUUCUACUAGAGAAAUUGCUGUAUGGAUAUCGUAUGCCUAAACCUGAACACUGCUCUGAUGAGGUGUAUUCUAUAAUGGAAGAAUGCUGGGCUCUUGAUCCCUCAAUGAGACCUUCUUUUGAUGAUUUGUGUGAAGCAUUGUCUCUGUUACUGUCCGAGGAAGGUCAUACCUAUAUUAAUAUAAAAGCGAUAAGCGCAGAACUAAUUGUAAAGAACUCUGAACCAAAAGAGGAAAAUAGUGCCUCAGUGUGAAAAAAAAAUUGCUUGACAGGCGCGCUGACGAAAUUUCGUCACCAUCACCAUCAUCACCGUCAUCAUCAUAAUGUCAUCAUCACAUCAUUAUCAUCAUCAUUAUUCUGUCAUCAUCAUCAACAUCAUCAUUACAUUAUCA